CGCCACUUCCGCCGCCGACCGGCGCCGCCGCGGCCAUGGGGCGCUGAGCGGCGGCAGCGGCAGCAGCAGCGGGGCCGCAGCGGCCCCGCCACCGGCCCCGGCCCCGGCCCCGGCCCCCGCUCCCCAUGGGCUGCGGGGCCGCGGGCCAUGGAGCGGUGCGCGGCCCGCCGGGCCCCGGAGGAGGAGCGGCGGGUGCGAGCCAACGCGCGGGAGUACAACGAGAAGUUCCAGUACGCGAGCAACUGCAUCAAGACCUCCAAGUACAACAUCGUCACCUUCCUGCCCGUCAACCUCUUCGAGCAGUUCCAGGAAGUGGCCAACACCUAUUUCCUCUUCCUCCUCAUCCUGCAGCUGAUCCCCCAGAUCUCCUCGCUCUCCUGGUUCACCACCAUCGUGCCUUUGGUUCUUGUCUUAACCAUCACCGCCGUCAAAGACGCCACCGACGACUAUUUCCGCCAUAAAAGCGACAACCAGGUGAACAACCGUCAGUCUCAGGUGCUGAUCGGCGGAGUGCUGCGGCAGGAGCAGUGGAUGAACGUGCGCGUCGGGGACAUCAUCAAGCUGGAGAACAACCAGUUCGUGGCGGCCGACCUGCUCCUCCUGUCCAGCAGCGAACCCCACGGCUUGUGCUACAUAGAGACAUCGGAGCUGGACGGAGAGACCAACAUGAAGGUGCGCCAGGCCAUCCCCGUCACCUCGGAGCUGGGGGACACCGGCAAGCUGGCCGGGUUUGACGGUGAAGUGAUCUGCGAACCCCCCAACAACAAGCUGGACAAGUUUGGGGGGACGCUGUACUGGAAGGAGAACAAAUACCCCCUGAGCAACCAGAACAUGCUGCUGCGGGGCUGCGUCCUGCGCAACACCGAGUGGUGCUUCGGCCUCGUCGUCUUCGCAGGGCCUGACACGAAGCUGAUGCAGAACAGCGGCCGGACCAAGUUCAAGCGGACGAGCAUCGACCGGCUGAUGAACACGCUGGUGCUCUGGAUUUUCGGGUUCCUGGUGUGCAUGGGGGUGAUCCUGGCCAUCGGCAACGCCAUUUGGGAGCACGAGGUGGGCGUCUGCUUCCAGAUCUACCUGCCCUGGGACGAGGGGGUGCACAGUGCCUUCUUCUCCGGCUUCCUCUCCUUCUGGUCCUACAUCAUCAUCCUCAACACCGUGGUGCCCAUCUCGCUCUAUGUGAGCAUGGGUUCUGUCACCCUUACCCCGAGCGUGGAGGUGAUCCGGCUCGGGCACAGCUACUUCAUCAACUGGGACAAGAAGAUGUACUGCGCCAAGCGGCGCACGCCGGCCGAGGCGCGGACCACCACCCUCAACGAGGAGCUGGGCCAGGUCGAGUACAUCUUCUCCGACAAGACCGGCACCCUCACCCAGAACAUCAUGGUCUUCAGCAAGUGCUCGGUGAACGGGCACAGCUACGGUGACGUGCAGGACGUGCUGGGUCCCAAGGCGGAGCUGGGAGAGAGACCAGAACCCGUGGACUUCUCCUUCAACCCGCUGGCCGACCCGCGGUUCCAGUUCUGGGACCCCAGCCUGCUGGAGGCCGUCAAGCUGGGGGACCCCCACGUGCACGAGUUCUUCCGCCUGCUCUCGCUCUGCCACACCGUCAUGUCCGAGGAGAGGAGCCAAGGGGAGCUGUUCUACAAGGCCCAGUCCCCGGACGAGGGCGCAUUGGUGGCGGCCGCCAGGAACUUUGGCUUCGUGUUCCGGUCCCGCACGCCCAAAACCAUCACGGUGCAGGAGCUGGGCCGGGCCGUCACCUACCAGCUGCUGGCCAUCCUGGACUUCAACAACAUCCGCAAGCGCAUGUCCGUCAUCGUGCGCAGCCCCGAGGGCAAGAUCCGGCUGUACUGCAAGGGCGCUGACACCAUCUUGCUGGAGCGGCUGCACCCGCUCAACCAGGACCUGAGCAACAUCACCACCGACCACCUCAACGAAUACGCCGGCGAGGGGCUGCGGACACUGGUGCUGGCGUACAAAGACCUGGAGGAGAGUUACUACGAGGACUGGGCUGAGCGGCUGCGCCGCGCCGGCAGCGCCCCCGAGGCGCGGGAGGAUCGCCUGGCUCGGCUCUACGACGAGGUGGAGCACGAUAUGAUGCUGCUGGGAGCCACGGCCAUCGAGGACAAGCUGCAACAGGGGGUCCCCGAAACCAUCGCCAUCCUGACGCUGGCCAACAUCAAGAUCUGGGUGCUGACGGGGGACAAGCAGGAAACAGCCGUGAACAUCGGCUACUCCUGCAAGAUGCUGACGGACGACAUGACCGAAGUGUUCGUGGUGACGGGUCACACUGUGCUGGAGGUGCGAGAGGAGCUCAGGAAGGCCCGGGAGAAAAUGAUGGACGCGUCGCACUCCACGGCCAACGGCUUCUCCUACCAGGAGAAACUCUCCUCCUCCAAGCUCACCUCGGUGCUGGAAGCCAUCGCGGGCGAAUACGCCCUGGUCAUCAACGGGCACAGCCUGGCCCACGCACUGGAGGCCGACAUGGAGGUGGAGUUCCUGGAGACGGCGUGUGCCUGUAAAGCCGUCAUCUGCUGCCGCGUGACGCCACUGCAGAAAGCCCAGGUGGUGGAGCUGGUGAAGAAGUACAAGAAAGCUGUCACCUUGGCCAUCGGCGACGGGGCCAACGACGUCAGCAUGAUCAAGACCGCCCACAUCGGGGUGGGGAUCAGCGGGCAGGAGGGCAUCCAGGCGGUGCUGGCCUCCGACUACUCCUUCUCCCAGUUCAAAUUCCUGCAGCGCCUGCUCCUGGUGCACGGGCGCUGGUCCUACCUGCGCAUGUGCAAGUUCCUCUGCUACUUCUUCUACAAGAACUUUGCCUUCACCAUGGUCCACUUCUGGUUCGGCUUCUUCUGCGGCUUCUCGGCGCAGACCGUGUACGACCAGUACUUCAUCACGCUCUACAACAUCGUCUACACCUCGCUGCCCGUGCUCGCCAUGGGCGUCUUCGACCAGGACGUGCCGGAGCAGCGGAGCAUGGAGUACCCCAAGCUCUACGAGCCCGGGCAGCUCAACCUGCUCUUCAACAAGCGCGAGUUCUUCAUCUGCAUCGCCCAGGGCAUCUACACGUCCGUCCUCAUGUUCUUCAUCCCCUACGGCGUCUUCGCCGACGCCACCCGCGACGACGGCGCCCAGCUGGCCGACUACCAGUCCUUCGCCGUCACCGUCGCCACGUCCCUCGUCAUCGUGGUCAGCGUGCAGAUCGGGCUGGACACGGGUUUCUGGACGGCCAUCAACCACUUCUUCAUCUGGGGCAGCCUGGCCGCCUACUUCGCCAUCCUCUUCGCCAUGCACAGCGACGGCCUCUUCCAGAUGUUCCCCAACCAGUUCCGCUUCGUGGGUAACGCGCAGAACACGCUGGCGCAGCCCACGGUCUGGCUGACCAUCGCCCUCACCACCGUCGUCUGCAUCAUGCCCGUCGUGGCCUUUCGCUUCCUCAAGCUGGACCUGAAGCCAGAACUGUCCGAUACGGUGCGCUACACCCAGCUGGUCCGCAAGAAGCAGAAGACGCAGCACCGGUGCAUGCGGCGCGUGGGGCGCGCGGGGUCGCGCCGCUCCGGCUACGCCUUCUCGCACCAGGAGGGAUUCGGCGAGCUCAUCAUGUCCGGGAAGAACAUGCGGCUCAGCUCCCUGGCGCUCGCCGGCUUCGCCGCCCGGCCCAGCGCCGGCUGGAUCGAGACCCUGCGCAAGAAAAAGGGCAGCGACGCCGGCAGCCCCGACAAGGCGCUCAAGGUGUGAAAUCGCAGCCCCCCCCCACCCAGACCGCGGGACGCUGGGGAUCGUUGCGGUGUAACCAAAAAUACACCAGACGGACAGACGGAUGGACGCUGCGUCCCCGCCCCACCCAUAGUAUUCACCUCCACGGAGCGCCAAACCCCCCGUCACGCGAAUGUAUCGUGCCAGAGCCACCGGCGCGGGGGUCCCGGGGGGGCGGUGACAGCGCCCUCCCCCCCCCGCGUGUCUUUUUUUAUAUAAAAAGAAGAAAAGAACAAAAAAAGCCACAAACCAGAAAAAAAAAAAGGGAAGGAAAACUGCUCCAAGUGGACAGAGCGACUCGUUUCUCGAGGGGGGGGUGGGGGCAGGGGUGUCAUUGUCCCCUUGUCACUGUCCCUGGUGUGUGUUCCAGCGCUGGGGGGGAAAGGGGAAGUGAUUCCGGCUCCUUCCUGAUUUUUGCGGGUUCACGGGUGCUGAGAUUCGGUCCCAUGCCGGGGGGGUCGCAACCGCUGCUUCCUCCUCCUCCUCCUCCUCGGAGCCUUUUUGGGGGGAACGUUGUCCCGUCACCGGGGGGUCCCGGGGCUGCUCUACUUGAUACCAAAGAGGAGCUGGAGUGGGUGUUUGGGGGGUUAUUUUGUGUUGGGGGGGACGGGGGGUGUUUUAAUUUAUGAUGAGUUUCUAUAUGGUGGGAUUGUAGCGUUUGGUGGGUCCGUAGAGAAACAAACACAACAGCAACAAAACAGAACAACCCCCCAAACUAAAAACAAAAAGCCAAAACAACAAUAACCCCCCAAAAAAACAAACAGAA